GUGAACUUUUCACCUCCACAGCAGGAGAAUUAUUCUUGACGAAAAGUUGUGAAAGUUGUUUACCAGCUCUCUAAGUUUUCAUCCUUGAUUUCGGACAAAGAGCAAGAUGGAAGAAGACCCCGAUGAUGAGAGAUCAGCAAAGGCUUAUGCAGCCAGUGUCUAUUGUCGUAAGGGUGUCACAAGCAAGAUUGGUCUUUGGCAACAAAAGGCAGAUGAACAUUUGGAAAAACAGAUGAUCAAUCCAUUCUCAGGUUUGGAAGGUGCAUCACAUCGUGCCAAGCUGAGCAAAUACGAUGCCAAUUAUGGCCUCCCUGUUGCAGGUUCUUUGACAGAACGUCGCGGAAAACAAGCUGGAGCACAAAUCAGCUGUGAAAUUGUUGAGCUUUGUCAGAUAAUCGCCACCAUUGGUCAACGGGUUGAAGAAUCUAUGUGGAUGGUAAUGUUUGCUCCGCUAUUUGAACAUUAUACUCGUGUUUCCAACAAGCUUGUUGGGAUUCUCAUGAGAGCAAAGAAGCAGAAGUAUGUGCAUUUUGAGGGUGAGAUGUUGUAUCAAGGCCGUGAUGAUGAUGUUGUGAUCACCCUUUAUAAAGACCCUCAGACAUUCGAUCCAAGCCUGAUAUAUAAUCCGGAUGAUGAGUUGGUCAAGAAAUAUGGAAAACACAGGCUCUGUUAAACCUUUGAUGGCUACAGUCUCUUCAUAUUGUCCCUUGUGUGGCAGUACUAAAACUUGGCCAGAUUAAAUGCAAGCAAUACUUGGAUAGAAUUUUGUUGAGAGGCUUUAGUUCUGUUUUUGGUUAUUAUGUUGUUUGUUUCACUAUUUAUAUGUUGAGCUAUGUCAGUGCCAAAUAUUUUUCUUCUUGUGUAUUUUCCGUAUAUGACUUAUAACAGUCCCUAAGCUGCCCUUCAUCUUUUGAGCUAUAACUUAACUCUGGUCUGAUGGCAGUAACUUUUGGAGCUUUUAAAGUAUUAAGACUGGAUUAAUUGUGUAUUUGAAUGGAACCAGCACCAGGAUACCAAAUAAAAAUGUGAGCUAAAAACUUUAUAACACUGUGAAUUUAUAUGAUAUUUAGGAAGAACUUCUUUGUAAUUUUGUGUAUUUAGCCUUGUCUAGUUCUUUGAUACAUGUCUGGAGCAUAUUGCUCAUAAUGGACUCAGUUUCUCAGAAACACAAUAUGCAAUCAACGACGUGUCCAUUGCUGUGUUGUAACAUUUUCAUUGUAAACACUAUUAUGCAAUUUGUACUAACGACACAAUAUGCAAUCAUAAUUUCAAUCGUCAGGUGUGCUCAAGUUACACUUUUUAGUGCGACAAUACGUUUUAUACUAAGAAACACACUAUGCAAUCGAUGUCCGCAGUUGUACUGAGAACCUUGUACCAUUUUACUUUGUAGGCCUACUGCUGAAUGUUCUAUGAUAAUUAUGCAUUUUAUGAAUGAGGAUGUAUUUCAAAAGGUGCUUUGAUGAAUAAAGGAUUGU